AUGACCAACUUCUGUGUGGAAAUGGCCAGGCCCCAAGUGGCUUGCCAAGAAAAAGUGGUGUGUCCCCAGGCCCAGGGGUGCCAGCUCAGACACACUAUCCCAGCAGUGGGCACUGCAGGCGAGGCCAGCCAUCCUCUGGGUACUCUGCAGAAGCAACCGAUUUCCCCACGAUGUGGCCUGGGCUUUGUAGGAAAUCCUGGCCAUCUGUUUGUCCCUGCCUGUCUCCCUGGUGAUGGUGGUCACUCUGCAGGCCUUUUGAGCGCUGAGCAGGAGGCAGGCAGCCAUUGCUGGCCUUGGACUCCAACUUCCAUGGGUGGUGGGCCAGAGGAACGCUGCAGGCAUGCAGGGGAGGUUUGGGACUUUGUGAGUGCGGUUGGGGCCCAGUGGAAUCCCUACCGUCACUUCCCGUGGGUGCUGCUGAGGCGCCCUCAGCUCUCAGGCAACCAACAAAUGCAUGGGAAGAUGACUUCUCAGAAGAGCCCUGUGUUCUGGCCAGAGAAAGCAGACAGGGUCCAGGAGCCCCCAGAUGACAGUCUGCACUGGCCAGAAGGCUUGAAGGGCGAAGAGAUAAAGAAGUAUGGCCGGGAAGGGACACUACUGGGUAAAUACAACCAGCAAUACCAUAAGCUGUUUAAGGACAUCCCCCCGGAGGAGAUGGUUCUCAAAGUGUGCUCCUGUGCCCUCCAAAAGGACCUCCUUCUCCAGGGCCGGCUCUACAUCUCCCCCAACUGGCUCUGCUUCCAUGCCAGCCUCUUUGGCAAGGAUAUCAAGGUGGUUAUUCCCGUGGUAUCUGUGCAAAUGAUCAAAAAACACAAGAUGGCACGGCUCCUUCCCAAUGGACUGGUCAUCACCACCAACACUGGCCAGAAGUAUGUCUUUGUGUCACUGCUCUCCCGGGAUAGUGUGUAUGACAUGCUGAGGAGGGUCUGCACCCACCUACAGCCUUCCAGCAAGAAGAGUCUUAGUGUAAGGAAGUUUCCCGAGGAAGCUGAGUGCGAGUCUCUGGAAGUCCUCAUCCCUGAAAUGAAGUGGAGAAAAGUGUGCCCUGCCCCCGGGUCACUCCCUGACAACAUCCCUUGUAUUCCUCGGGCAUCCCCAGACCCCACAGACAGCUGCUUCACGUCCAGGAAGCCUCCUGGGUCUGAGAAAGCCAUCUGUGAGGAUGACCAGCUGGAGGAGGAGUCCACAAGCAACCAACAGCUGAGGCUCUGGGAUUCCCGGCUCCUCAAGAUCGUCUUCGUGAUAAUCUGCUUGUUGGUCCUGUCCUCAUCCUAUCUGGCUUUCCGCAUCUCCCGGCUGGAACAGCAGCUGUGCUCCUUGAAUUGGGAUGGGCCAUUCCCUGCGCACAGAUGUCAGGCUUGCCUGACAGCAGCCUGUCAGGGAGGCUUGGCUGGGCAGUGGAGCAGAUAUUGUGGGGCCACCACAGAGCAGAGCUUACACAUAUCAUCUGCAGUCAGUGCUGCAGGUCAUGAAGAAGGGUCCUUCACUCCAUGGGAUCUAUUCUCCAUGACCCAGUUGGGCCUGCUCAGUGUAGGGACCAGAAGGGGGUCUGCCCCUCUGGAGACAAGAGAGGUAGAGGAUGAAAUAAGUGGACAUAGUGAUGCUUUUUGUCUUGGAGAGUCCUCCUCCCUCUGCCGUCUCUGUCCAGGACUCUCAUCCGCUAAGACAGUGCCUUUGGAGGAUCUAGAAGGGUCUUUGUGA